AUUCCCAUCUCAGAUCUGCCUGCAAAAUCUUCACCGGAUGUUGGGAACCAUUGCGAAUUUGAAGGAAAACCUAAACAAGAUUGCACUUGAUGUGCAUGAGGAUAACGACGACGAUGAAGUGCUUGCGCUCAACGGUUUAGGCAAUGGAGAAGCCACUCCGAUCUCUGAUCGGAGAAAUUCUCACAGGUUUGCCCACUCAAAUUCAGUUUCGCGGUCUCCGCUAUCCAAUGGAAUAGACUCGCCACGAAAUUCGGAGAUUGAACAAUACAAAGCUGAAAUUAAGAGGCUUCAAGAAUCUGAGGCGGAAAUUAAAGCAUUAUCAGUUAAUUACGCAGCCUUGUUGAAAGGAAAAGAGGAUCAAAUUUCCAGAUUGAACCGUGAAAAUGGCUCACUGAAGCAAAAUCUGGAUGCAAUAAAUGCUGCUCUGAGUUUAUCUAAAAAUGAAAAUUCCCAAGCAUCAACAAACAGCAUUAAUGUUCUAAAGGGAAGUUGUGAUCUAUCACCAAGCCGACAGAAUAAACUUACUGCUCAAGUAAAGAACCGUCAUGCUGGAAACCAAAUGCAGAAUGGUGUUCUUUCUAAAAAGGAUAGGAUAGGAAAUGGAGUUUCAGAUACUGUUCAACCUGAUAUCAGUCAAAGUAAGAUGGAGAAUGGAAAUUCCACUUCACAAGGGAAGGAAAAGGAGCUUGCAGAUUUGCUAGAAGAGAAAAAUAGGUCCCUGGCACAAGUUCAAGCUACUCAUGAGUUACAAACAAAACAACUUAGGUUAGAACUAGAAAAAGAACGUGAGAAAUUGGCAAAUUUGCAGCUAAAAUUACAAGAAGAACAAAAGCUGAAUGAAUCUUUCCAGGAGGAGCUUAAGUCACUGAAAAUGGACAAGGAAAAAAGCUCUAUAGAGAUGAGCAAAAUACACAGAGAAAUGAGUGAAAAAUUGUCAGAAAUAAAUAGACUGCAAUUGGAGUUGAAUAGAAGGGAGGAUGAGGAUGCAGAUGACAUCUCAGAGAAAUUGAAAGGUGUAGUCGCAACUUUAGAGAUGGAAAAUGAUAAUCUUAAGAUGGAGAAGAGUGAACUUCAGGGUCUUUUGGAGAAGUGCAGGAAACCUUUGAAUGACAAAAUCUUUCCAGAUGCUUCAGAAAGUCUGAAUCAACAUCGAAGUGGAUUGAAAGGGGUAGAACUAUCUGAAAGUUUCCCUGGAAAAGAAGAAAUGGAGCUAUCUUUGAAGAAAUUGGAUAAAGAUUUGAAGGAAACACGCUGUGAGAGGGACAAAGCAUUACAAGAAUUAGCUCGACUUAAGCAACAUCUGUUACAAAAGGAAAUUGAAGAAUCAGAAAAAAUGGAUGAGGACAGUAAAAUCAUUGAAGAGCUUCGUAAGAUUAAUGAAUAUCAAAGAACUCAAAUAUCGAAUUUGGAGAGAGCUCCGAAGCAGGCAGUGGCGAUUCAGGAGGAUGCUAAGAUGAUGAACAACAAUGAAAUUCUGAAGUCUAAGGAAAUCAUUGAAGAUUUGAGUCGAAAACUUGCAAACUGUAUGAGGACAUUGGAUGCCAAAAAUGUUGAACUUCUAAAUCUUCAAACUGCUCUUGGGCAGUAUUUUGCUGAAAUCGAAGCUAAGGGGCAUUUGGAACAUGAGCUGUCUUUGGCAAGAGAAGAAUCGGCUAAACUCUCUGAACUUUUGAAAGAUGCAGAUCAGCAAGCAGAAGUGUCAAAGAGGGAAAAGGAAGAAAUAUUGGUCAAGCUUUCCCAAAUUGAAAAGACAAUGGCAGAGGGAAAAGGCAGAGUAAAUAAGCUUGAGGAAGAUAAUGCAAAACUACGUCGUGCUCUCGAACAAAGUAUGACCAGACUUAACCGAAUGUCAGUGGAUUCAGAUUUUCUUGUUGACAGGCGCAUCGUGAUCAAAUUAUUGGUUACAUACUUCCAAAGAAACCACAGCAAAGAGGUUCUGGAUCUUAUGGUUCGAAUGCUGGGUUUUUCUGACGAAGACAAGCAGAGAAUAGGUGUUGCUAAACAAGGAGCUAGAAAAGGUGUUGUUCGUGGAGUUUUGGGCCUGCCUGGCCGCUUAGUUGGUGGCAUCUUGGGAGGAAGUUUGGCUGAUGCACAUUCAAACAUGGCAUCUGACAAUCAGUCCUUUGCAGAUCUAUGGGUUGAUUUUCUUCUUAAGGAAACUGAAGAAAGAGAGAGGAGGGAAUCUGCAGAAAACAUGGCUCAAUCCAAGGAAGAUAAACCUGGAAAAAGCCCUACCACAGAGACUAGUACACCAACACCGGUGCCUGACCAGCAGACAACCACACUUGUUGCUUCUUCUAGUUUCUCAAGAUCGAGUAUUUCAUCUAGCCAAAGUUUUGAUCCUCCACCUGCCCGUGGAAAUUUAAGGUCAUUUGAUAAUUCUGAUUCUGAGUUCUCAACUGUUCCUCUAUCAUCAUCAGAGAGCACUUCUCGUCUCUCAAGCCUAUUACCCAGGUACUGAGAAUAUGUUGAAUUGUGUCAUUAGUCAAAGGUAUAGAUUCUUUGUUGAUAUUAUAGCCAUGCAAUCUGGUCCAGUCAAUUCUUUUUACACACAAAUAAGAAGAGUUUCUUCCAGAGCUCAUGUUUGUACAA